AGCUACGAGACGUCACUUCCGGGGCGUUACCGAGAGGCUGAAAAGGAAAUAACCUAGAGCUCACGCUGGUGGCGUGAUGGAGCAGCAACAGCAGCAGCAGCAGCAAUUGAGAAACCUGCGGGACUUCCUUUUGGUCUACAAUCGGAUGACGGAACUCUGCUUCCAGCGCUGCGUGCCCAGCCUGCACCACCGAGCUCUGGAUGCUGAGGAGGAGGCCUGUCUGCACAGCUGUGCCGGGAAGCUGAUCCAUUCUAAUCACCGCCUCAUGGCCGCCUACGUGCAGCUCAUGCCCGCCCUGGUACAGCGCCGCAUGGCAGACUACGAGGCUGCCUCAGCUGUGCCACAUGCUGCUGCUGAACAACCAGAAACCUCUCCAUCUAGCAGCUCGCCAUCCGCAAACCUCGGGAAAGGAGGCGCUGGAUGAAGCCUCAAGUUGAAGGAGCCAGUGGACCUAGGGCUGGGUGCAGCCUGUGUAUAGCAAGUGAGGAGUUGUCCGAGAGAUGGGUACUGUUGCUCCUUUUCCUGGAGCUAAUAAACCCACUUUUCCUCUGUUUGGUUUAUAUUCUGGGCAAGGAAGUUUCGCCCGCAUUGUUGGCACCAUCUUUAUUGUUCUGUCAGUUAGUGCUUCAGCCCUGGAAGCAGAGAAAUUGCCUUCUGUAUGUAGAAGGAAAGCCUAUAAUCAGGCAUCUGGUUAAAGCAAGAGCUGAGGGUACAGUUUUAAGACUGGCAAUAGCAACAAGUUGGUUGCCCCAAUGAUAGAAAAUGGGAACUCUAUCUAGCUGUCCUUAAAUCUGUCUGACUUAAAUGGCUUGCUUGGAGAUAUCUUGGAAAACAGAUUAAGAAUCCACAGGGUGUUUAGGCAUUACCUCCUGGGAAGUCAGUAGCCUCAGACAGAGAUGAAACCUGUAAGAAUUCAGGGGUGUUCUGGAACAUCAACCACUUCCUCAAGAUGUUACUCACUUAAUAUUUUCUGUCUUCUUAGGAUGAGCAGUUAAAUCUUUAAAUAAAGAAAAUCUGUGUUCUUGUCUUCAGAA